CCCAUCGCACUCCGGUGCUUGAACAUAAACAUGUGGAUGUACGGAUGAUUUUUGGGCAUGCUUCUGUAGUUGCCCGUGUAAGGAGAAUAGAUUCACUAGUGGAGAUCGUCGGCUGAGGGUUUGGUUUCUGAAGUCUGAGAAGUUGUGCAAUGAGUAGAUACCAGAGGAAGUUGAAAAGUCAGAGUCCAUUUCAGUUUACAUUAGCUACUUUCCUGACCGAUGUGCAGGUCUCUUUUAGGUUGCAUUCUAGAUUAUGGUGCGUUUCAUGUGUGGGGAUCAAGAUUUGUCUGUCUACUUCCUAUUUUAUUGAUACAGAAUCGCGGGCCAUAGCAAGAUAUUAUGCCGAGAAAUACAAGCACCAAGGGACCGACCUGCUGGGGAAGACGAUAGAGGAAAGGGGGCUCGUCGAGCAGUGGCUUGAAGUCGAGGCCCAUAGCUACAACCCGCCGAUCAAUGACCUCGCCCACGAAAUCGUCGUGGGCCCAUUAAGGGGACUUACCCCGGAUCCGAAGCUGAUCAAAGAGAACGAGGAGAAGCUCGGUAAGGUGCUGGACAUCUACGAGGAGAGGCUGUCGAAGAGCAAGUACCUGGCGGGGGAUUUUUUUAGCCUCGCCGACCUGAGCCACCUCCCGAUGACGCAGUACUUGGUGGGGAAAAUGGAAAAGGAGUACUUGAUAAGGGACCGGAAGAAUGUAAGUGCGUGGUGGGAUGAUAUCUCGAGCAGGCCUUCCUGGAAGAAGGUCGUCGAGCUCUGGCCCGGUCUGUAUUAGGACCAUCUUGUAAGGCGUUUGGUCCAUGCCGAAGGAGGAGUCACUUUCUGCGGACUAGCGAGUCUCUCUGUGCCUAAUUAGUAUGUUACUACUCGUACCCAGUCGGCAAAUCCGGGGAUCGGAUAAGCUUUUGUCGACUUUGGUUUGCAAAGAUCGUGUGUCAAGUGGGAUCACUUCAGUAAAUUUAGCCUGUUGUUU